UGCAGCAUUAUGUCGAGUCGGUGGAUUAUUUUUUUACUACUUGCUGCUUUGGUGAUAAUCCUCUCACCCGGAGUUGAAAGUGAAAAUCACUCCGAGAAACUUUUGAAGGAAAGCACUCAACAGUUAAAUCUUAUCUUGGAGUCUAUUAAUGAACUCGAGCGUCAGCGAAUACAAGAAAAAGAAAAUGGAGCUAACCUUAACUCGGAUACAAGUAAACAGCGACCAAACAGCAAAAAAUUAAGAUGGAAUCGAAGAAGGACUCUUCCCGAUCCCGGUGAGCCUGAGGAAAGUGAGAAUCGUGCAUUGGUGACUUCUACCUCAAUUGUUCAGACUGCCCCAAAUCCAGAUUACCUUAAUGUGAACAAUUAUCUUGCGACUCCAGCUCCGUGGUGGUUUAAUUAAAAAUAGUUACCUAAUUUUAACAUUUUUUUUCCU